GAGGAAGAACAACACCAUCAACAACAACACCACAGGGCCUUUAACCUCGAAAUAUCCACGUGAAAAACACAUCAGACCUACAACAGUGUUGUGUGUCAGGCUCCAACAUGGGUAAAGCAAGCAAAAUAAAAGUGUCCAAGCAGAAAAGCAAGGCACAACCCCUAGAACAGCAAUUAGAAGAACACCGUUUUGCUAAACCAUCAACCAGAGUGAAAAAUAGGGUUCGCCAAGACGAAGAUGAGGAGUAUGUUACUUCAGAGCUCUCCGGUCGCAUCCUCCAACAAGCCCGACGACAACAGCAAGAACUGGAGGAUAAUGUUGAUGAUGUUACGCCUGCGCCCAAGAAAGUACCUCAGUUAUCAGCAGGCCGUUCUUCAUCCGGUGGUAAGAAUGCUGGGUCCGACGAUGAGGAAGCCAGCUCAGAAGAUGAAAUGGAUGGUGACUAUUACGAUGAUGUGAAUGUUGAAGAGGCAGAUGAAAUUGCUCUUGAGAAGUUUAUGAAUUUUGGUGGCAAGGCAACCCGAACAUUAGCUGAUAUUAUUCAAGAAAAAAUUACUGAAAAGCAUACCGAGCUUCAAACACAGUUUUCUGAUGCAGGGAGUGUUCAAAUGCAAGAACUUGAUUCACGAGUGAAAGAAAUGUAUGAAGGUGUGAGAGAUGUAUUAGCAAAGUACCGAAGUGGAAAACUUCCUAAAGCGUUUAAGAUUGUUCCCAAAUUGCGGAACUGGGAACAAAUCCUCUUCAUCACUGAUCCUCCCAAAUGGAGUGCAGCUGCUAUGUAUCAAGCUACCCGUAUUUUUGCAUCAAACCUGAAAGAUAAUAUGGCACAGAGGUUUUACAACCUUGUUCUUUUGCCCCGUGUUCGUGAUGAUAUUGCAGAGUACAAGAGAUUAAAUUUCCAUUUAUAUCAAGCCUUGCGUAAAGCUCUUUUCAAGCCAGGAGCUUUCAUGAAAGGUGUCCUUCUACCCUUAUGUGAGAGUGGUACAUGUACACUCCGAGAAGCCAUCAUUGUGGGUUCCGUAGUCAGCCGUAAUUCUAUACCCAUGCUACACUCUGCUGCUGCUAUGUUAAAAUUAGCAGAAAUGGACUACAAUGGAGCUAAUUCCAUCUUCCUUAGAGUUCUUUUUGAUAAGAAGUAUGCUUUACCCUACAGGGUUGUGGAUGCUGUUGUUUUCCAUUUUCUGAGAUUUCAACGUGAUGAAAGAGAACUCCCUGUACUAUGGCACCAAGCUUUACUUACUUUUGUUCAGCGAUACAAGAGUGAUAUCAGCAGCGAACAAAAAAGUUCCUUAAUGGAAUUGUUAAGACAUCAAACUCACCCUACUAUUACUUCUGAAGUUAGACGUGAGCUGCUAAGUGCCAAAUGUAGGGAUGUUGAAUGUGCUGAGCCAAUGGAGUAACAAUAUUCGUUGUCAGACAAUGUAUAUAGAGAUAUAUUUAUAAGCUAGGAAUAAGAUUUAUAUUUUCCUAAGUAAUAAUUUCAUCAGUUACUGUACAUUAUUGUUGAAUACAGGUUACUUCAUUCAUACAAA